UCCCAAUCGCGAGCUCGCGACUCGGGCACCGGUAGCCGCGGGCGAGAGUGGGGACGACGAGGGACCGUGAGGUGCUGCGGGCGGCGAGUUAGCCGCCGUUGCCGCGGUGGGCGGAUUCCAGAUCCGGUCGUUCCCUCUGUCGGACCACAACAUCCUCAGCACCGGCGACGAUUGGCCGACGACUACUGGUGAGAAAUUGCCUCCACCUAUCAACCAGCAGUUUCAACUUAAGAUCUGAUGGAAAAUGACAGAAGCCAGCUUGGUCAGAUCGACCCAAGAAGAGCCCGCUUUCCUUGUUGCAUCGUAUGGACUCCAAUACCCUUCAUCACAUGGGUGGUGCCAUUUAUCGGUCACAUUGGUAUCUGCAGAGAAGAUGGUGUGAUUCUGGACUUCGCUGGUCCAAAUUUUAUAUCAGUUGACAACUUUGCAUUUGGAGCUGUUGCACGCUACAUUCAAGUAAACUGCGAUGAGUGCUAUAAGCUUCUUGAAGCUGAAGGAGAUGCCACGUGGGACGGUGCACUGAAGAAAGGUACGCAGGAGUUCCAGAACAGGAACUACAACCUGUUCACCUGCAACUGCCACUCCUUUGUUGUGAACAAUCUGAACCGUCUGUUUUACUCGGGCCACGACAAAUGGAACGUGGUCAGCCUAGCUGCGGUGAUGUUUUUACGAGGCCGCUGGGUGAGCACGGCGUCUGUUCUGAAGACCUUCUUACCUUUCGCCGUUGUUCUCUCCAUCGGUACCCUCCUUGGCAGCAUGACAUUCCUGAUUGGCAUUGUGGCUUUUGCCGCAGUGAUGACUGGCUGGUUCCUUGUGGGCACCUACUGCAUCAAAGGCCUCAUAGAGUUGUGAUUAGAGUAGAUAUGACGCGUUCGGGGUUCAAGAGCACGCACUUUUAAUUGUUAAUACCUUCCUAUAUGAUUGGUUCUUGAUGGUAUUCAUCUAUGGAUGCGAAUGAAUCAUGUGGAAUGAAUUGUGUAGCUUGAUGUACUGGUUGUUGUCGCUCUUUCUCUGUGCUGUUAAAGGAACAUGCCACAGCUUCAAGUC